GAACGACGCAGAUAAGCACGUUGUUUGUCUCAAAAGCACCACCGCGAAACCCGAUCUUUCGCGCGCCGGCGGCGGACGAGCACUAGCGGGACAAGGCAAGACAGUAGGUGGGACGCCCUUUGGACGCCCUGCACCCCAGAACCUACCAUGGCGGAGGAGCAGCCCAGAGUACUCACCGCUUCCGUGCACGACUUCAGGUACUUCGCCGCCCUUCUGCGCGGCGUCAACUUCGUCAACCGUGCUAGCGUCUCUAUUACCGCCGACGGCUUCACAGUAACCGUCGAAGAGGCCAGAUGUCCCGCAGCGACUGCCUUUGUCUUCAGCCACGUCUUCGACGAGUUCGUCUACAACCCUGAUGCCGCACGGCCCUCACAGCCGUCCCAGGACGACGAUGACGACGAAGUGACCACAACGGCGUUCGACAUCCCUCUCGGCACCCUUAUGGACUGCCUGAACGUGUUCGGCACGGCGGGUGCCUCCAGCACUUCACAGAAGAAGAAGAAAACACGCGAGGACGGGGAGGACUCGGACGGCGGCGGUCGCGCGGAUAGGAAGGGCAAGGGGAGGGCGGACGCAGGGGACGCGGGAGGAAACGCGCGCCUCGACCAGUGGUUUGCCCCUGGCAAAGGCACAGGCAUGCGCAUGUCGUACGCGGGGCCUGGACACCCUUUGACGUUGCUCGUGGCGGAAGAGUCUGGUGGGCCUACCGCGACCUGCGAGAUCACGACCUGGGACCCUGAGCCGCGGCUUGACCUAGCCUUCGACUCUGAUGCAACGGUGCUCAAAAUCAUCCUCAAGUCCUCGUGGCUUCGCGACGCGCUCUCGGAACUAGACCCCACCACUGACAAACUCACCAUCAUCGGAAAUCCACCUGCCCCACCGGGACGUGCCGCCCGCAAUUCUGCUCCGCCCUGCCUCCGAUUACGCGCGGUGGGUCAGUUUGGGAGCACGGAAAUGGACUACCCAAACGACCGCGAGGUACUCGAGACGUGCGAAUGCGCGCAACCUAUAUCUUUUACGUACCGCUAUUCCCACAUAUCGCGAGCGCUGCGCGCACUUCAAAGCUCGCUAAAAACGUCGCUGCGAAUUGACGAGGAGGGCUUGCUUAGUAUGCAGUUUAUGAUGCCGGCACCGCGCAGGCCGGGUGGGCGUCGCUCCGAGGCAUUCAUUGAGUUCUGGUGUCUACCCCUCGAAGACUCCUAAUCACAAGCUGCCGCAUCCUCUUACAUUUUUACUUGGUAACUUGGGGUCGUAUACUGUAUCCGUAGCUGUCCAAUGUAUUUCUUGC